AUGGCUGCGAAUACCACCCCACCAGCGUCGCCGCCGUCUCCAUCGGCCUCAUUCUACGAUGUGAGCGACGACGAAGAAGGGGAUUAUAAUACUGUUACCCAUACUAGCACUGGAAAAGGCGUGAGGCUGCUCUAUUCCAAGAGUAAGGUCUACGUUCAUCCAACGGCAUCUUCAAAGGAUAAUAUACCCGGUUUUAUUGCCCUGGUUCAGCAAAAGCCUGCUCCCUCUGCUCAGCGUGAGAGUACUUCGUCCUCUUCUCCUUCCUUGGAUAAAACCGUUGAUCCGUCAUCGCUUUUACUCUCUUGGGUGCCUGAGGCAUCUCUCGGGGAUGAGCGCGAUGUCUACGUUAAAGUAGACCUAUCAGACGAUAACUCUCCCCCACGGACAUCCUACUUGGUCCCUCCACUACCUACAACUCUUAGUAGUGCUGGUCCUAUCGGAUCUUAUGCAUUUGCUAUCCCAUUGUCACGUAUAUACUCACUUUUGGUCCGACCACCCAGUCUAGGGUGGUGGUUUGGUAGCGUGGUUAUCAACACAAAGGCAGGAGAUAGUUUUCCUGCACUAUUCUUCCAUGAUAGUGAAUGCGAAUCUACCAUACUGCAAAAAAAGAAACGGACAAAGGAAAAUUUUGACCCCUUCGCCGAUGAUGGAAGCAUGUUCUGGGGUGGCGACGAAGUACUCCGAUGGUUACGGAGAUACGUGGACGUUCACCGCUCAGGGGAGGAUCCGAGUGCCUACCUUAUCAACCCAACUGAGGAAGACAAAACAGCUUUUGGACAAGCUAAGGGCAAGUUGGAAAAUUCUAGCGGCCAACCCGGUUCCAGCAAACCUCCUAAAGAUGCAACAAUGGACCCAUUCACAAAAGCUCUUAAGGAAACAAGGUGGAUGGUCCUUGAGCAAUUUAGCAAAAUCACAACUUUCACUCGCAGAACUGCUCAAGAUAUUGCGGAUAACCCCCGACUACCUCCUCAAGUAAGGCGACUCAUGAGAAACCCAGAAGUUCAAACUUUACAGGACGAGUUUGACAGUGCCAGACUAUAUCUUGCUCGUUGGGCGAUGGGUAUUGCAGAACAGAGCGAACGUGAGCGCAACCAACGAAUAUGGACAGCAAACGAUGUCCUGGCCAUGGAGAAUAGCUCCGUUGGAGAGUUCGAAAUUCUGGAUAUGGAAGCUGCCCAGAUGAGUAUCAGUGAUAAGCGAAAAAUAGUUACUUUGGAAGAGUGGAAUGGAUGGUUCCAUAAAACCACUGGAAAACUCCAAAUCACCGUUGAAGAAGCAAAGGAGCGUAUCUUCCACGGCGGCCUUGAACCAAACGAUGGCGUUCGAAAAGAAGCAUGGCUAUUCCUUCUAGGGUUUUAUGACUGGGAUAGUAGCGAAGAUGAACGAAAAGCCAUCAUGAAUUCACGACGAGAUGAGUAUAUCCGCUUGAAAGGUGCUUGGUGGGAGCGUAUGAUUGAUGGGGCUUCCACACCUAAAGAGCAGGAAUGGUUUAGGGAGCAAAAGAAUAGAAUAGGUUAG